AUGGACACUGAAUCUGAAUCAAAAUGUUUUAACAUCAACUCUUCCAAGUUCUCAAAGCUGGUGGAGACUGAGGGAGUUCCUUUGCCCAGUAAAACUGCAGAGAGGUGGGAUCAAAUCCAAGACUUCAAAGCUCGGUCUGAUGACCUCCUCAUCUGCACAUAUCCCAAAGCAGGGACUACUUGGAUUCAAGAAAUUGUGGACAUGAUACAUCAUGGCGGCGACCCGUGGAAGUGUGACAAGGUCCCUAUCUAUCAACGGUGCCCCUUCAUAGAGCUAUUUCUUCCAGAACCCAUUUUCACAGGCUUGGAACUGGCUGACAGAAUGUCCUCCCCACGUUUGCUGAAAACCCACCUUCCAGUUCAUCUUCUGCCACAUUCCUUUUGGGAACAAAAAUGCAAGAUCAUCUAUCUAGCCAGGAACAUCAAGGACAAUGCAGUUUCCUACUUCCACUUUUGUCGCAUGAACCAGCUUACAACAGACCCUGGAGAGUGGAACCAUUUCCUGGAGGAUUUCAUUGCAGGGAAGUGUAUCUAUGGCUCAUGGUCUGACCAUGUUUCUGGUUGGUGGAAAGCUAAGGACCGUCACCCAAUUCUUUACCUUUUUUACGAAGACAUGAAAGAGGAACCAGCCCGGGAAAUCAGAAAAGUAGCCGAAUUCCUGGGCCUUGAGUUCUCAGAAUCUGUUUUGAACCAGAUUGUGCUACACACAGAAUUUUGCAGCAUGAAAGUGAACCCAAUGACAAAUUACACCACACUGCCGCCUUCUAUUUUGGACCAAAGUGUAUCACCCUACUUGAGGAAAGGAAUUGUAGGAGAUUGGAAGGAAUACUUCACAGUAGCUCAAAGUGAAAAACUGGAUGGCAUCUGUGCCAAGAAGCUGGGAAUUGUAGGAGAUUGGAAGGAAUACUUCACAGUAGCUCAAAGUGAAAAACUGGAUGGCAUCUGUGCCAAGAAGCUGGGAAGCAGUGGACUGAUUUUCCGCACUCAGCUGUAA